GCCUACACUGACCUACAUUCGCAGCGACGCCCGGUCUGACCAAUCAGCUCUCUCGGCCGCGCUUUCCCCGUUUUUUUGAGCUACUUCACGUGACAGAGCUCGAGGCGUGUGGAGCGCGCGGAGGCUUCUGCGGGAGAGCGCACGCGGACAGCGCUCAGAGCUGCUCACGUCGUUACAGCGCGCGCAGGUGUGUGCAGGUUUAGGCUGUUUUUCAACGCCCUCUCGCGCGCGCUCUGAGAUGAAAUGAGCAGAGGUGAACCGCUGGCUUGGGCUGAUUUCUGAAAGCGCGUGCAGACCAAACAAGUGUAAAGCCGAACGCACGCGCGCGCGCGCAGGACUCCGUUCAUUCUUUCUGCAGAAGCUCCUGUGUCCUGUGUGUGGUGCCCCCUGCUGGACUGGAGGUGAUGAGUGUGUGUGGCAGGAAGGCCCUGACGCUGCUGAGCAGUGUGUUUGCUGUGUGUAGCCUGGGCUUGCUGGGCAUCGCCGUCAGCACCGACUACUGGCUCUACCUGGAGGAGGGGAUAAUACUCCCUCUAAACCAAAGCACAGAGAUACGGAUGUCGCUCCACUCUGGCCUUUGGAGGGUCUGCUUCCUUGCAGAUUCUGCACCACCUGAGAGAGUGUUGCCCACCGGGGAACCAGGUAAAGAGAAGGGACGCUGCUUCACCAUCGAGUACAUCAUGCCCGCCAAUGUCCACUUAACAUCCGAUGUCACAGUCAGCGUCCUGAAGAUGAUUCGCUCAGCCACUCCAUUCCCACUGGUCAGCCUCUUCUUCAUGUUCAUUGGCUUCGUCCUAAACAACAUCGGACACGUCCGCCCCCACCGCACCAUCCUGGCCUUCGUCUCUGGAAUCUUCUUCAUCCUCUCAGGUCUUUCUCUGGUAGUUGGUCUGGUGUUAUAUAUCUCCAGCAUCAAUGAUGAGAUGUUGAACAGAACAAAGACGAAUGAAGCCUAUUUCAGUUAUAAAUACGGCUGGUCCUUCGCCUUCGCAGCCAUCUCCUUCCUGCUCACUGAGGCAGCAGGUGUGAUGUCAGUCUAUCUGUUCAUGAAGCGCUACACGGCAGAGGAGAUGUACCGGCCGCACCCGGGUUUCUACCGGCCACGUCUCAGCAACUGCAGCGACUACUCGGGUCAAUUCCUGCACCCGGACGCCUGGGCCCGCGGCCGCAGCCCCUCGGACAUCUCCAGUGAAGCCUCGCUGCAGAUGAGCUCCAACUACCCCGCCCUGCUCAAGUGCCCCGACUAUGACCAGAUGUCAUCCUCCCCCUGCUGAAAUCACACACACAUACAUUGCUGUGCAAAAGUCUUAGACCAGCAAAGGAAAUUAUUUAUCUGGGCAGUUAGGUUUGUUUUUGCCAGUAAAAACAUCAUAUAAUGUUAGAAAAUUGAUAGGAAUUAGUUCUUUCUAAUACAGCCAAAUACCCCAGUCUCAAGAGUAAAUGUUAGAAUGUUACCCACUACACUAUCUAAUUGCUUUGAACCAGUGAAAUAUUAGCUUUACCUAAGAGCUCCACAGAGCCUUACAUAUGUCACUUUUUUUACAAUACUAAAAACAAGGUUUAGCAAAUUAUUAGCGCACUUUACUGCCAAUAUGUGUUUGGUUGCUGUCCACAAUGUGCAAUGUAAUGAUUUCUCAAAUGGAUUAGUGAUGCUUUUUUGGAGGGAGUGUCUGCAUUAUGGUGAUGUGUGCAUGUGUCAGGUGGUGGUUCUGCAACAAAGGGGUUGCUCAAGAGAGAUAUAAGCUAAGGUGACCCUCUAGAUCUAAGCUUUGCUUAAAUGUGUGCUUAGGAAACAAUAAUUAUGGGAAAAAACUCCAGUCCUUUUAAAGGUUUGCUUAAUGAAGAAUUGAUUAGCUCAAACAAAUCUUAGAUUGUAACUGUAAGUACAGGGCUGCCUCAAGCAGAGGUUUGAAAGCGGUUUAGUUAAAACAGUUACUGACAAAAUCGGAUUUUCUGCAGUUAUUGGAUUAAUGGAAUGUCAACACACUCAUUGUCACGUUACCAUUUACUGUUUGCUGUCAUGACAGAUGCCAUUAUAUUUGAUGUUAUGAUGGCUAACUAGAGCACACAGCAUAUGACUUAAGCUGUCAUUGCACCCGUCAUGACAGUAAUUAGCAAAGAUAACAUGACCCUGUUAUAUUACUGAGCCAAAUCUGCCAUGACAACUUCAGACAGUAUAUGACAUCAAACAUUAAUAUUUGUAUUGAUGUCUGUAUUAAUUGUAAUGUUUUUGGAAGAAAUACAUGCUGCCCAGAUAAAUACCUUUCUCAGAAGUCGUAAGACCUGCGCAGAACUGUAAACAUGUACACAUGCACAUAAACAAAAUCCGAAGAAGUGUUGGACUCGACGUGGCUUCACUUGUGCGUCUUGAAUGAAAACUGAAGAUUUUAGCAUUUGGAGAGAAAGGAUAUCACUCGUUUAAAUGUGUGCGAGUGCCUCUUGUUGGAAUUCCUCUGGUAGUGCAGUUUUUCUGAGUUUGGCUCAUCAGGAGAUGGUGACUCGAUCCUUGUGCUGCAUUCCUGUGUACAGUAGCUGCUAGUCCACCAUGCUAGUGUGUAGCAAACAUUAGCUAACAAAAACCUCUGCCUUUUUCUAGAACCUUUUGCUUUUCUUGUUCGAUUUUUCUAUCAGAACUCCAUUAUCUUUGUUAUUUUUUUAUGUAAACGUUUUUAAAGUAGGGUAGCCGGUGUGUAUUUUAUCCAAAAUUAGCAUCAUCCCAAAGCGGAGAAUCUAUCCAUAAGCUAUUUUACAGAUGUUAUUACAGUAUCCCUCAACAUUAAAAGGAGAAAAGCUUGUGUUAUGCUGCCUGGCCUUGACUCUAUUACCUAUAUAUACAUGUAUAUAUAUCUUAUUAUGACCUUUUUGGAAGACGUCAACAUUAGACAAACUGAAAUGUUUAUUAGAGUAAUGUUAAUUUAGGUCUGAAUCUUUCCUUUCUGCACUUUAACAUAGAUAGACAGUUCUAUCUGAUAACAUUUAGCAGUGUAGGUUUGCACAGCUGAGAUACAGUUGGGAUUAAUGGCAGGGGUACGUUUGCAGAUGUUAGCUAUGAAUGUGCAGAUUAUUGCAGUUGAUGAAGAUUUACCGUCUUUUUUUUUCAGUGCAAUACAUUCUACUCACUCUUGAAAACCUAUAUAAGAAUAUUUACUCACCAGCACUUUACUGAUACAGCUAUAUUUUUGUUUAUUUUCUAAAAAGUAAUAGCUUGACCAAAUCUGCUGUCAUUUUUUCUGCUUGUUUAUGAUCAAAUAUAUUUUUUUUAAUUUGCCCAAACAAAAUGAAUUUAUUUUGCAUAAAUUCAUCAAAAAAUUACUAACCCAUGGUAUAGAAUGCUUUGUGUUUGCGAGUAUAAUGGUUUCUUUUCCAUUCAUGAGCUGGUCAUGUUUAUAGGUUUAUGUAUUUAAUUAAACAAAGUUAAGCAUAUAUGUCAUGAAACUUCAUGAAACUUGUGGGCCUUCUAAUCAGAGUGUAAAUACCUUCUGCUCAUUUUUAGUUCCAGGCCUGUUCAUUUUUAACCAACCAAGAAACAGCUGGACUUGCCACGUAUACAGACAAUUAAUCUUCAUAGCUUGCUGUUGAAAAUACAAGGUCAUUUUUGGCAAAUUUUUUUAAUAGGAAAACAUGACCAGCCAAUUUACAAUUUUGUAAAUGACUUUUAUGUUUGCAGUUUAUUUGAAGUGAAAAAUUGAAUAAUCAUAAAGUAGCAGUUACUUAACUCUUUCAGCUGAAAGUCGAAGAAACAUGCCAGAUGCUCAUUACCAGCUUCAUAAAUUUUUCUGAUUUUACUACUCUGCAUGCGGACCACGGUUCUAAGUUGACUUUCAACAUUCUGACCUAUUUCCUUAUGUAUUCAGGAUACAAAAUAAAAACCACUAUAGUUCUGAACAAAUAACUAAAGGCAAUAAUCAGAUUUGUAAAAAUGACUAAACAUGUGAUUUUCUUUCCUGUGGUCAUCUCCACAACCUAAUCCUUCACUUUGUAAGUGGCCUUUGUUCAUCCUAUUAUCACCAUUAACCUCUUAAAAUCCCAGGAUUAUUACAUACUGAGGCUUAUUACUCAUUAACUACAGUAACUUCAAUGCAAACUGGCUGGUCUUUUUUUAGGUUAUAAAAGUGUGGCCAUUAAAGUGGUUAAUAUAAUGCAUCUAUGGGGUUUGCAAUUUGUCGUAAGCUGAUGGUCGUAAACAUUAACACACAGCUUUUACUACCACAUUUGGCAUAAAUGCAUUUAAGGCUUGUAGGAGUUUUAUGUACUGCAUUGUUCACUUUCUAUCUUGCAGCUUCAUAGUGAAUCCUUUAGGAAAUGUUCAAAUUUAAAGCUGACAUUUAUUGAAGAAGCCAGUUUCCCCAGGUUUCAGUGAUGCACACAAAACCUACUUAAAUGCUUAUGGAGCUUUUAUGGAGAACUGCAACUCUCCUAACCCUGAUUAUACCUUCCAGGGAUAAUUUUGCAGUUCUUCUCUUAUUCUUUCUGAAACGUAAACAAACAGACCCAGUGCAUUAAAAAGAAUGAUUACAGAGAAUAAAACAGGCUACAGUGAUGUAUAUGUCCAUUACUGGCAUGUCAUGACCCCUAUGCUGAAAGAGUGCUCUGUGAGUGGACAGACGGUACAUUUGUGAAAAAAAUUAUAGACAUUUUCUCUCUGUUUUAAUAAAGCAUAAAAAAACAACAGAAAUGCACAACAUGGCAAACAUUUUUGUUCCUUUUUUUCCAAAACUACACUCAUCUUUUAUAGACAUAUUGUAUUAGAUUAUUUGUUAUAUUAUUUUUUCCUGUUCUAUUACUUUUGUAAAUAUUCACAAUAUGUAAAUAAGAUGAAAAGACUUUUAUAUAGAUUAAACUUGUUUAUAGAUGUUCUUCUAAUCUGUAGCCAAUGAGCCAAUCAUGUAGCAAAAGCAGAUAGCCUGCUUAGCUUGACUAUGAUACUCUACACGAUAGCUGCAUUGCCUUGUGCCACGAUGCUUAUACUGUACAGAAUGUGAGCUUUACAUAUGUUACCGUACAAUACUGUAGCCAAACAGUUCAGUCAGUGAACAUGUAAAUGCAGUGUGUUUUUACAGUUGUUUUCAUGCUUUAUGCGCAUUGUACAAUAGAGCUGAAAUAAAGCUGUGACUGUGUUUUGUUGAAGUAAACAAUCAA